UAAUUUUACAACAAAACAUAUUGUGUCGAGCACAAUGUCAGGGAUGAUUGUAAAAUCGCUGACAAAAUGCAUAUUUCAUCAAAAUACCACAUAUUCAGUUGCCAGGUUGUAUGUUAUUCAACAGGCCAAAUAUGCAGUAGCUGCACCUAAAAAGGGAGCGCCAUCAAAAUCGGGAAAAAAGUUUGAGGUGGAGACAGAUGCUGAUGUGUUGUGUACACGUCUGUGUGGAGGGAACAUUUACAAGGAAGGUGAAGACCCUGUGCUGGGGAAGGAUGAGGACUACCCAGAAUGGCUCUGGAAACUCAAGACUGAGAGGACUUUUGUACCGCUUGAGGAACUUGAUGAAGAAGACCCACUCUACUGGAGGCGACUUAGAAAAUUGGCCUUCAGAAACAAUAAUAAAUUAAAAGGUCUUAGCAAAUUUUAGGCAUUGUGUGUUUUGAUAACUUGUGAAAACAAUGUCAUUAUGUGUUUCAAGCAAAUAAGGCUUUUGUGUUUUUUCAGGUUAAAAUGUUCUUUUUCUCACUCCUGAUAUAAUUAACAGGAAAGAGUUGUAUUUUUGUUGUACUGUAGAAUAGGUUCUAUGAGUGUACAACUGUUAAAGGUAUACAUGUAUGUGCAAAAUAUAAAAUAUCAGUUAAGUAGUUUUAUAUUGAAUGUUCAACUGCAAAAGAUCUCACAAGAUUGUGCAUGUAUGAAUUUCCUCAAUAUUAAUUUAAAAACACCUUUUGUGUACUAUGUCUUAAAAGUAGUUCAUUUAUAUGCAUUUCAAGUGCUUGAACCUCCUGUUUAGACUGCUGUUGUGCCAGUACCUGCAUUUCAAAUUAGGACAGUUGCAUAAAUGAGCAAUUUAUAACAGCAUUUUUUAGUAAAGGUAUUAAAAGUGA